CACCCGUAACCCGCACUGUGCAGGCGCACCUCCCGCUCGGCGGCAAGUUUGAGCGAGAGAGAAAUAGACAUCGAAACACAGAGAAAGAUGCCGCGAGUCUCUGCCAGCUAAUGGUGAGAAAGCGGUGAAGGGAUUGGAGUUGGAGACGUUGGGCGAGGAGCUGAUCCCUGCAGCACCUGAAUUAGAGAGAGAGAAACUGGGGUCAGGAGAGGGAGGGCCUGGCAGAGGGAGACCGAGACUGGGUCUGGCACAGGGAGACCGAGACAGGGACUGGCACAGGGAGACCGAGACUGGGCCUGGCACAGAGAGGCCGAGACAGGGCCUGGCACAGGGAGGCCGAGACAGGGACUGGCACAGGGAGACCGAGACUGGGCCUGGCACAGAGAGGCCGAGACAGGGCCUGGCACAGGGAGGCCGAGACAGGGACUGGCACAGGGAGACCGAGACUGGGCCUGGCACAGAGAGGCCGAGACAGGGCCUGGCACAGGGAGGCCGAGACAGGGACUGGCACAGGGAGACCGAGACUGGGCCUGGCACAGAGAGGCCGAGACAGGGCCUGGCACAGGGAGGCCGAGACAGGGACUGGCACAGGGAGACCGAGACAGGGACUGGCACAGGGAGAUCGAGACAGGGACUGGCAGAGGGAGACCGAGACAGGGCCUGGCGGAGGGAGACCGAGACAGGGCCUGGCAGAGGGAGACCGAGACAGGGACUGGCACAGGGAGACUGAGCUAUCACCUAUGAAGUUACAUAGGGAGACAACUGCAAUCUAAGAAAUCAUAUGAAAAAGGGGUACAAAGUAUAAUCAGAUGUUAGGAUAGAGUUAUGCUUUCUGAACAGUUUGUGUUUGACAGACUGUGAAUACAAUGCUGCUUUGUUUGGCUUAAUUAUGUUUAAGAAUAAGGCAAAAUCAAUAAUUGCUUAGAGACCUGAUCAGCUAAUGACGUUUACAUUUGGUAAUAGAUAUACUGAGAUUGAUGAAAAAUAAAGGGUAAUUGAUAUAAAAUAGCAGAAAUUGAGAUUGUAAAAGGGAAUGACACUAUUCAGGUGACUUCAUAAUAUUACGGAAAAAAAAGCAAUUAAUAAUGUGGGUGAGAACAUAAACGUCAAGUUGAAACAUAAGAUUGAAAGGGGUUUUAAGGGCACAGGAAUUGUUUAGGCGUGAUUAUAAAGUAGCUCAAAUUAAUCGGACAAUGUUAAGGUUUUAAAAGUGAGCUCAGCUCAAAGGGAGAAGUUAUAAUGGAAGCUGAAAAGAACUGCUAAACGAUGUUAAGACUUGAUAACUGGAGUCACUAAAGCAGUGAAUCAACUGCUCUGCAAUGGAAUAGAGAAUCGAAGCUGAAGAAGUCCCAAUGUUCAGUGAUUAUGGACUAGAGGCUGGACCGAGACAAAGCUGCCCCCGUUCAGCUCUUUGAGCAAAAGUCAUUGGAUGAGAAAAAUGCAACUUCAAAGCUGAUUGAAUAAAUAGAUAUUCUGACUUGCAUUGGAAUCAAAGUUUCAGAGAAUGAGAAGAAGUCUAGCCCCAAGUCAGCUUGCCAAGCGAAAGCCAGGACAUUUACCCGAUGAUGAGGAUGCGAAUCCAAAAAGGCGAAAGGUGGGAUCUGAGCAUGACAAUGGUAAAAGUUUUAUUUCACCACUUCGGAAACCACUAACACAGCUGACCAAUCGGCCUGUGUGCCUUGACAGCAGCCAGCAUGAGGCUUUCAUUCGCAGUAUCCUGGCCAAACCUUUCCGAGUGCCUAUUCCAAACUACACAGGUUCCCUUGGAUUGAAGGCACUGGGGAUUAAGCGUGCAGGAGCCAGACGAUCUCUCCAUGACCCAUAUGAAGAAGGUGCUUUGGUACUCUUUGACCCUCCACCUCUGAGUGUACAUGACCAACUAAAGGCUGACAAAGAGAAGCUUCCGGUACAUGUGGUGGUUGAUCCUAUCUUGUCCUCUGUCUUAAGACCACAUCAGAGAGAGGGUGUGAAGUUCAUGUGGGACUGUGUGACAGGCCGACGUAUUGCGGAUGGCUUCGGCUGUAUUAUGGCAGAUGAGAUGGGAUUGGGGAAGACAUUGCAGUGCAUUUCCCUGAUGUGGACCCUCUUGCGACAAAGCCCAAAUGCUAAACCAGAGAUUGAGAAAGUCAUUGUUGUGACUCCAUCCAGUUUGGUGAAAAACUGGUAUAAUGAGGUGGAAAAAUGGCUGGCAGGAAGGUUACACUCAUUGGCUAUUGAUGGAGGAACUAAAACAGAGAUUGACCAGAAACUGGCUACGUUCAUGAGCCAGCAUGGGUUGCGGAUCCCAACUCCAAUCCUCAUAAUUUCUUAUGAGACAUUCCGGCUACACGCUGACGUGCUUUGCAAGGGUGCUGUUGGCUUGGUCAUUUGUGAUGAGGGCCACAGGUUGAAAAAUUCAGACAACCAGACAUACCAGGCUCUGAACAAUCUAAAUGCCAAGCGCCGUGUAUUGAUCUCAGGAACUCCAAUCCAGAAUGACCUGCUCGAGUACUUCAGCCUUGUACAUUUUGUCAAUGCAGGAAUACUCGGCACCGCACAGGAAUUUAAAAAGCGAUUUGAAUUGUCCAUCUUGAAGGGGCGUGAUGCAGCUGCAAGCGAACGUGAAAGACAGCACGGUGAGGAGAAACUAAAAGAGUUAAUCAGCAUUGUGAAUAGGUGUUUAAUUCGAAGGACAUCAGAUAUCCUCUCCAAAUACUUGCCAGUGAAGAUUGAGCAGAUUGUCUGCUGCAGACUCACGUCUCUGCAGUCAGAGUUGUACAAGCUGUUCUUAAAACAAGCCAAACCGGCAAUAGAAAUGGAACAAGCUCACAGUGGGAAAAUGAGUGUCUCUUCUCUAUCUUCAAUUACUUCACUGAAAAAACUUUGUAACCACCCGACAUUAAUCUAUGAGAAGUGUGUGGAAGGUGAAGAAGGAUUUCAGGGAGCACUAGAUCUCUUUCCAUCAGGAUACAGCACAAAAUCUGUGGAACCUCAGUUGUCUGGCAAGAUGCUUACCCUUGAUUAUAUCUUGGCCAUGACUCGAAGUACUAGCUCUGACAAGGUGGUACUGGUAUCAAACUACACACAGACUCUUGAUUUGUUUGAGAAGCUCUGCAGAGACAGGAGAUACCUGUAUGUUAGAUUGGAUGGUACCAUGACAGUGAAAAAGAGGGCCAAGAUUGUGGAACGUUUUAAUAAUCCCACAAGUCCAGAAUUUAUCUUCAUGCUGAGUAGCAAAGCUGGUGGGUGUGGCUUGAAUCUGAUUGGUGCAAAUCGGUUAGUCAUGUUUGAUCCAGACUGGAAUCCAGCUAAUGACGAACAAGCGAUGGCUCGUAUAUGGCGAGAUGGACAGAAGAAAAUUUGCUACAUCUACAGGCUUUUGUCGACAGGAACAAUCGAGGAGAAGAUUUUCCAACGUCAGACUCAUAAAAAGGCUCUGAGCAGCUGUGUUGUGGAUGAGGAACAAGACGUUGAACGACACUUCUCCCUCGGAGAACUUAAGGAGCUCUUUACUCUAAAUGAGAGCACAGCCAGUGACACACACGAUAGGUUGAAGUGUCGCCGAUGUGUAAAUGGACACCAGGUGCGCGGUCCUCCUGAGGACUCAGACUGUACAUCUGAUCUCUCUCAGUGGAAUCACUGUGCAGAUAAACGUGGACUACGAGACAUGGUCCUUCAGUCUGCUUGGGAUGUUGCAGUCUCCUUUGUCUUUCAUCACCACUCCCACGAGCAACAGCGUGGAGUCAUCUGAGAUGGCUAGAAGCAGUUGCAAAAUUGUGAUGAAUAAAGACUUGUCGUUAAUCAACAAUGCGUUAAAUGAAUUUCGUGUCUGCGAAGUCUGAUUGCAAUACAGACUUGACAGUGCUGUGCUUUGUGGAAACCCUCAACUUCAUUAUGGAAUAUGAGUGAGCAUCAGCAGGCUCCUCAGUCCAUCUUGACUUCACUUGAUAUUUGCAUAUUGAAGCUCUGCUGUCUUGUACAUGUAGUUAAAAUAUCUAUCACUGUUCCUCGAAGUGCUCUUGGGUAUUGUAUUUUUUUCCAUAUAAAAUACUCCUACGUCUUUUCCACUGUACAUGAAAUGUGAAGGACUGAACAGAUAAUGCAGGGGAGUUUUACGAUCUAUUCUGUGAAUGGGAGUGUUUUUCUGAACUCUACUUUUGUAUAUAUUGCAUAAGACAUUGGUAAAUUCUAAUUUUCAGGGGAAAUCAGUGGUACUAAAGUGUAAGUACAAUAUACUUCAAGUUUCCCUUUUUUGGAGAAAUUUCUGGUUUGUAAAUUCAAACAAUUUGAGGAUGUAAUACUAUCAUUCCUGUCUGUUGUCAUCUAUGAUACCCUCAAAAAGCCAGUUCAAAUUAAUUUUUGACAUCUGAAGCCCAUGCAUCUUUAAGCCACAUACUUAAUUUAAUAGUUCUGUACAAUUAUGGUCAGUUCAUGUGUCUGUAAUUGAGAGAUGGGCCUCUGGAAAAUGUACAUUUUCUUUGUUCAAUAUUAAAUGUUUUCCUCACUU